CUUUGGCCACACAUCCAGGAGUAUGGACCCAUGGAGCGUGAACCAGUCCCUGGUGUUUACACAUCAAUCCAACAAACCCCUCUAAUCUAGCAGUGAAGUAAUGACCACCGUCAGAGGAUUGCUCAAAAGUUGCCGCGAGGAAGGUCGUAGGGCCAUCCUGGGGGAAGUAGCAGCCAUCCUGGUUAUCAACAGCUGGGAUGGCCUGUUUAUAAACUCCGUGUCGUUGAUGGAGAUCAAAGAUUUUCAUGAUGUGACUAGGAGUUCUCUCACCCACUGCACUCUACCAGACCAAUGCCGCUAUCGCAAGCAGGAGCUGCAAUAUCAAGCUCAUAGCACUGGGCAUCUCAAGACCUCUGACGAACCAGCGAAUCUUUGGACUGGAAAACCACCAUAUUUCUUGAGAAGAGCAUCAUCAACAAUUGCGUUGAACAGCAAUGAACACUUGGAUCAAAUCACCAUCAAACUUCCUCAAGUAGCCAUGAACGUUGUUUUCAUUGCCAGGUCACCAGACAGCCAUGACAGGCACAAGCGACUCACUGAAAGUCCGAAGUACACCCGGGCCUGGCUUUGCUUACGCUGACACCAGUCUUUGUACUCUAAUGUUUUUGUCUGCUUUCCGGUCAAUCAAACAAUCUAUAUUGGCCUGGGAUAGACUUGCGGCAACCGGCAAGCUGGUAGCACACCGCACCGCUAGCCCAUCCUGUGUUGACGAGCUGCGCUUUCGAGCGUCCUGUUGUUUCUUCUCUCGUCCAAUUUUAUCUCUAAUCCGAACGUAUAUCAUGUAUCGUUAUACGGUUCUAUCCCUACUUUUCUAGUUUGAUUAUCGUCCUUCUUCCCACGAGUCGAUUCAUAAUAUGGCA